UUUCUGGAGAAGCCCCGGAGUCUGAUGACGAUGCGUCGAACAUUGUUACUGUACGUAAUUGAUACUGAGUCACUCAGUUGUGUGAGUAUUUUAUACUCAGAUAUGACAUCAUUAAUGUGAGUCUAUUAAACUCACUAAAGCACACGGUCUUGAUCGUGUGCAAAAACUCAGUUAAAUCUGGUCGAGUCUCACUUCUCAAGAAUCAAAGGGACCUGCAUUCAACUGAGUUAUGACGUCACAAGGCCUAGGAUUUCCCGCUGUGCGGACACCUUCGACCUAUUGCGGCACAAUUAUCUCGGGCGAGGCACCAGAGUCCGACGAUGACCUGACAAGCUUGAGUAGUGUCAGCGGAGCGGUAGAUGCCAUGGCAUGUCCUCCCUACAUGGACCUUAAGAUACCGAAAUCCAAGAAAAGUUCUAUCAAGUACAAUAGUCUGCUCCACAAAAAACUACACGAAUGCAAUGAAACCUUGGAUAGGGAUAUUCUGCAGAUGACCGAGGGUGCGAUCACAGCUGGCGUACAAGAAUUGUCGGGUGUCAAUCGACAGUUGCUGAGAAGUGAACUGGUGUUACAAGAGGCUGUGUGCCAAUUGCGCAACGCAUCCGAUCGGGUGAAGGACGCCUCCAACGCUCUACGCCAACUCGUGGACGACAACUUCUUGCAUUCCGUCAAAACUUAACUUGUGCUAAACUUGUCAAGUGCGCGUCCCUAUUCUUAAGAUAUACUAUACACACAGCGAUGAGUAACAGGAAACGUGCUUCCAAGUGUAUAAUGCCAUCCCUGUACCGCGCAUUAGAUGCGGGUGUUUGAAGGAAAAAAAAAGAUGCGUUUUCUUCCUCGAGA